CCCAUCUCAAAUACCAUCUCCAGAAAUCCAUCCCAAAUCCCAUCUCCAAAACCCAACCCAAAUCCAAAAACCACAACGAAAUCAGAAACCCCAACCCCCGGAUGGGAGGCGAGCGGUGGCUGUGGCUGGUUGUGGCGUUUCGCGACGGUGGGAGAGAACGAACAAAGACAAGUAGAGGUUGAGGCGGCGGGAACGACGGAUUCUACGCAUUCGGAGCACCGCCGAGUUGUCGUCAAUUAUCCGCCGGAGAAGGGAUGUCGCGAGUGGCAGGGGAGGCUGGGAAGGCUCGAGAUGCAGGGAAGGCUGGGAAGUCGUUGAUUUCUCACGGAAAAGGGAGGUGGGGAGGCUGGGAAGAGAUUCUAUUUAGGGAAGAAUGGUUCCAAUUCCCAAAUGUUGUCGAGGGGAUUUUUUUUUGUUUUAAGUUUUAUUUAAUUGAAUUAUA